AUGGUGCCAUCGCAAUCGGCGCCGGACAAUGCUCACGAGUCCGCCAAGUUCCCGAGGCCUGCGGCGAGGCUCGAUGAGGAAUCCGACUGGGAUCAGACAUAUCGCCCUCCUCCUCCGGCCUUGGACCCGGCCUUGCGCCAUCCUCAAGAUCCGGCCGAAAAGACGACUCCUCUACCUUUGCCUUUGACAUCGCCGCGAACUCUCGGGCCUCCCCCGCGGUCCAACGUCGUUGAUCCGCCUCUUAGCUCGGCCAAGACCACGUAUGGCCAUCAUCGCCAGACUUCCAUCGUCCACGGCAUCCAGCACUCGAGAAAUGGCAGCGGCGCGAGCUCUUCGUCAAACCCGCUCAGUCCCCAGAUGAUUGCGGCUGCUGGCUUGGGCCUUGACCGUGUAGAUUUACAGACGGCCCUAGCUCGCUUAGAAGGAGAUACUGCGCCCCCCAGGCCUGUUGCUACACCGACUGGGCAGCAGGCAAAUUCCAGCGAUGGAACCUAUCCGAUGAAGCGAUCGCCUUCGGGCAACGCUGUUACCCCUCCAGGGACGGCUCCUUCGCGAAGAGCAGAGAGAAUGCAUAGCAAGUCGAGGCGUGACCAUCCAUCACGCUCGUCCCGCCACCAUCGAGACGAGCAGAAGACUGUGGGCGAAUAUGCGCUGCACGUGCUGUUUACAUCUUUUAUUGCUCAAGCAGAAGAGAAGCUGAACGAAUGUAUAACCACCCCGUUUGACCCCGAGCCUCAGAUUGACAAGAUAUGCGGCCCUGGCGUGGACCCGGCCUUUGACCAACUCAUUGUUGCCCUUGGCCAUAUCGCGAGCCCCAAGCCCAAAAACCUGAUAGACUCGAUGAUGCUCUGGAGGAAGAGCAAAAGCGAUGCUGCCAACGAGGCGAGGACGCAGCUGCAACAAUUGCGAGGGGGUCAGGGUCAGCCUCUGUCACCUCUGCUGCGCAGAAACACCGAACCUGUCCCAAUUGGACCGGUUAUCUCUAAUGGAUCCGACAGUGGCCUCUCCGGAGGCAGUAUGCUAGCUUCAAAGCAAGAAUUUGUAGCCCAGCAAGAGCGCCGUUCAACUGUUUCCAUUUAUAUCCUCUGCCGCGUCUUGCUCGAGGUCAUAUGCCAGAGCAGCCUGGCAGCCAUUACCCCAGAAGUAGAAGACAAGCUCGAGAGCAUCAUCUUUGGCCAGCUCAAGAUUGCCGAUAGUGAACAGCUGCUGGCCUCGCCCUUGAAGAUGGCCAAUUGGAACCUCUUUGCACUUCUUCUUGGCCAUAUGAGCGAUAUAAACUUUGCCGGCGUUACUAGGAGGUUUAUCGAAGAUCUCGACAAUUCCCUAAGUGAGCGUGUGGCCAAAAGUCCCACCUCCUUGUCCAGUCGUGUGGAUGCCAAUGACGGAAAGAUGGAUCUUGUUCUGGGGGGUAUGAAACACCUUCGCAUCAAAAUCUCGCCUGAAGAUGCCUGGGAACAAUCGUGCGAUUUCCUCGUCUCUUUGGGCCGCCUUUUCAAUAGAUCUCAUGGUCAAAGAGUGAAAACAGCCUUCUGCCAGAUUAUCGACUUGUUGCUCCUCGGGAUCGCUUCCAAGGCGAGUAACAGCCACCUGAUGCAUCCAAAGUGGAUGGAGGUCGUGGCAGCUAUUGGAACACGGCUGGCACAAAUGUUUACAAAGCCGCGACAUUGGGCUGUCGCAUUCCCACUCACUGCCACGAUGCUUUGUACGAAGAUAAAGGACCGACUGAUGAAGCCGCUGUGCUUACAAGUCAUCUCCCGCUUGGUGUGGACUUACCUCUAUCGUACCAACGAUACCUUUCAAAGUGUGGCACGGAAGCUGGAUGAUGUGAUAAAGCUGGUGCUUCCUCCCUCCAAGCGCGGCGUUGUUGCAUCUGAUGCCACCAUCACAGAGCCCCUGAUCCAGAUAAUUCGCAUCAUUGGGUUCAAAUAUCCCGAGUUCUGUUUCCGUACCAUAAUCUUUCCUCUCAUCAAUGCAGAGCUUUUCAUUGCCAAUAAAGAGCUGAGAGUUGAGCAGCUGGACCCGGACAGAAUUGUAGUUGGCAUCAGAGCUUUCUUGUGCAUCAUGUCAGAUUUGGAAAAGGGGGAGCAAGCACCGCCUCGCAGCGCUUCUAUCUCUGUAGCGAGUUCUUCGACAAUACGAGAAAGCCACGUUUCGCGACCCGUCCUCACACACAUCACCAUUGUGUGCGAUAACACAUUUGGUGGCCAGGCCGCCCUGGAUGAAAAGUUUGGCAGCCCUGGACCCAAGACGCCAAUCACAGAAUCCUUUACCUUUUCUCGGAGGGAUGAGCAUCAAACUGCGGCGGACCAAAAGCAGGCGUUUUACGAGCUGCUACAUGUUGCCGUUCAAGCACUCCCGCGCACUGCUCACGUUCAAUACAAUAUUGCGGAAUCUUCUGCCAACUCCCUCAAAGCAAUUGCUCGCCAGUCCCGCGCGCAGCAAGUCACCAUGGGGUUCGCCCGCUUCAUCUUUAAUUUUGAUGACCGAUACUCGACCAUGUCUGACGGAGGAAUGCUUGGGGCUAAUCAUAUCGAGAAUACGCUACGGCUCUAUGUCGAACUCUUGAAAAUAUGGAUAGAAGAGAUUCGGCAGAAGGCUAGAGACGCCGCUGCGGCGGGCGAAUCCGAGGCCAACGGGGCUGGUGACCGGGCUCUAGAAUUCUCUGGCAUUUGGGCCGAAGUUGACCAAGCUGAGGCGCAUGGAUUAUUCUUCCUUUGUUCCCAGUCACGUCGCGUUCGAUACUUCUCCAUUACAGUCCUCCGUCUCAUUACCGAGUUUGACAAGGCUCUUGGGAAAGACACAUCGGAAGAAAAGGACUCGUUGAGGUUGAUCAAUGUUCUUGAGAAUGACUCGUCUCAAGUGAUGAACUUUGACGACGAACACCUAUCCGUUGCUGAGCGUAGCAGGCUUCAGCGAGGCUUGCAGAAUGGCAAUGGCAAAGGCGCCCUCGUUGAGCUCUGUACUAGUGAGGUGACCUACGAUACGACACUGUGGUUCAAGAUAUUCCCUAACUUGAUGCGGAUUGCCUUUGAGAAAUGCCCAUUAGCGGUCACAAUCUGCCGAGAUCUCAUCUGCAACCGCGUACUUCAAAUGUACAAACCCAUUGUCUAUCUGUCUGAACCUACAAGAGGUCCAUACCACACUGGCGAGGGUAUUCACAAUAACCGCCCCGUGCCCAGGUCGCCCACUACUCAGCCGGAAUCGAUAGUGGAGCAGUGGAAGCUGUAUCUCAUCUUUGCAUGUACCACUCUGGCAGAUCCAGGGAGCGUGCCGCAGAGCAUUCCCAAAGAUGCCAUCCAGCACACGCGCAAAUCCUCCAAGCCCUCUGGGGCUGAUAAAAACGUGACGGCAAGGACUCUUUUCAAAUACUUGAUCCCGCUCUUGUCUGCCACAUCAGUAUCCGUACGGGAUGCCGUUGUCGUUGCCAUGGGAUCGAGCAAUAUCCACAUAUAUCAGACCUUACUAGAGGAACUCCAAGGCCAGGUAUCUCGCUGCAACGACGACGCUCGUGCGAGAAUCCACCAACGGACAAACAGUAGCCCUCGCAGAAACCGCAAAAUGGAUCUUCUGAGAACAGAAAUCACACACGUCUUCAAAUUGACUUCGCAUUUCCUCAAGGAUCCAAUUGUUUAUCAGUCCGAAUUCUUCCUCAACACUUUGACCGCGUACGCCAAGGACCUCAAGUUAUUCCUAAUGGACGGAGAGGUGCAGAUGGAUUGGGAUUUCCAAAAAUUGAGAAGAUAUUAUUGUGGACUCAUGGAGUCGCUGUUUGAAGGAAUCAACCGGACGAGCGACCCAACUCGCUGGAUGACGUUUGAAUCUCGUAAAUCGGCAUUUUCUCUCAUGGAGGACUGGUGUGGAUUCUCUCCCAACCAGAAUGAGAUCCGGGCUAGAGAAGACAAUAUGCGACAGAGCCUGAUGGAUCAGCAAUCCUUGGGCGAACGGGGCACGGCCACUGCGGCCAUGGAAAUCGAGAAACGCAACUUGAGGACUGCAGCCUUGAGUGCCAUGUCUGCAUUGUGUGGCGGGCCUAUCACUUUGACGACUGAGAGCGGUGCUACGCUGCAGUUUGAUAUUCGCAGAAUGCUUGCCUGGAUCGAGGCCAUUUUCAAUUCGGGCAGCGACAAGAUGAACGUCAUCGGCAGGAGAGCUCUGAAGAAUCUCGUGGUUCACAACAAAGAGUAUCCGUAUCUGCUGGAGCAUUGCAUCGCGCGUUGUUACCUAGCUGACGUUCCCAAGGUUCUCGAGAGUUACUUCAUCGUCACUGUCGAAGUUCUACAAGAGCAUGGCGAUUACCCCUGCCCCUUCUGGAAGCUUCUUGCGCUGUGCUUGUUUAUGCUGGGAAAUGAUCAAAGCGAAAUCAGGUCCAAGUCUUCAACUGUGCUGAGGAUAUUGGAGACUCGCCAACAAAGAAACUCCAAGAUCCAAGACUUUGACAUUAGCAUCUCAGAUAAAACUCAAGCUGUGUACAAGUUGGCCCAGUUUGAGAUCUCAAAGCGACUCGCUAAUCAGUACACGGAACUCGCCUUCCAUGUCAUCUCUGAGUUUACCUUGUACUUCAAGGACCUUCAGCCGGCAGCGCAGCGAAAUGUCGUCGCAGUUGUUUUGCCCUGGAUCCAGGCCAUUGAACUGACGCUGGAUCCGAAUGGUGGCCCUACAGCGCAAUCCUACGUGCUUUUGGCGAACCUGUUGGAAAUCACAAUCAAGUCAGGGGGCGCCCUGCACAAUGAAGUCCAAGCCCUAUGGCAAGCGCUUGCUACUGGACCGCAUCUUGGGAACGUGCGUCUCGUGCUGGAUUUCAUCAUGCAGCUGUGCCUAGAGCGACGUGAACAGAACUUUGUCGAGUACGCCAAACAAAUUGUCGUCUUCCUUUCCACAUCCAACAGCGCGCCUGGCAUCAAAGUUGUCGAGUUUCUGCUGAUGCAGAUCAACCCCAAAGCCAUGGUCCCCAUCGAAAAGAGUGGGAUAUCACAGGCGCCGCCUGACACCAGCAGCCUGCCUUACUGUGCAGAUUUGGCGGAGGCUCUCCCCGUGGGCACAAAACAGGCCGGGUUUUCUCUCGGUCAGCUUUCGCUAAUUUUGCUCGUGGAUCUCAUGGUGUCUCCAGUCCACCUUACACAGGAGAGCGUCCCGCUUCUACUACAUGUUGUUACCGUGCUUUGGGAUCACUACACUCCGUUGGUCCAGGAGCAGGCUCGCGAGAUGUUGGUGCAUCUCAUUCAUGAGCUGGUCAUGUCACGCAUUGAUGACCAGACAGAUCCCCAUCACAAGGAAUCCAUAGAGGAAUUGAUAGAUUUGGUUCGUCGGCAUGACCGUUCCGUUGUGUGGAGCUACGAAGACAGCAAUGGAAAAGUCAAUGAUCAUGAGAACAAGGUCCCUCCAAGCAUGGAAUAUCUCACAAAUGAGGUCGUAAGAACCUUUGAGGUAUCGUUCCCGGGAAUCAAAGAACAAUGGGGCAGGUUGUCGUUGACAUGGGCUACUUCGUGCCCGGUUAGACACUUGGCAUGUCGCUCAUUUCAGAUCUUCCGAUGCGUCCUCACGUCCCUGGACCAGUUCAUGCUUGGAGAUAUGCUUGCCCGCCUUUCAAACACGAUUGCGGACGAGGACCCUGAAAUUCAAGCAUUCUCUAUGGAGAUUCUGACAACCCUCAAGACGCUCAUCGUCAAAUUGGACUCUGAGAAACUCAUCACCUUCCCGCAGCUGUUCUGGACUACAUGCGCAUGCUUGGAGUCUAUCAAUGAGCGUGAAUUCCUCGAGGCGGUAGAGAUGCUGGACGAGUUGAUUGGCAAAGUCGACUUUAGAGCACCCAAUGUGAGGAGAUUGAUUGCAGAUGGACAACCAAGUCGGUGGGAGGGCCAGUUUGAAGGGCUUCAGCCCUUACUUCACAAAGGCUUAAGAUCAUCGCUUUGCUGGCAGCCAACGCUCGACAUUAUGGAUAAGCUCGUCAUGCUCCCCGGAGAUGGCCUCAUUGGAGAUGACAACCGACUAUUCUUUGCUUUGCUGGCCAACUUUCCACGUUUUCUGGACGAACUAGAACGCGGUGGUCUUAGCCCAGAGGCAACAAACACGGCCAGGAUACUCCUCGCCGAAUCCGAUAGGCAGGGUCUCGAAGGCAUUGCGCUUAUUAUGGACGGCUUGAUUUCCGACCACUUCCAAAUCGCCGAGGAUUUCAUGAACCAGCUCUUUGGAGCACUCCGCGAGUUUUAUCUGCCGCAUAUGGAGUUUAAGAUGAUUACGUUUCUGAUUGGGCUGCUUACCAACUCGCUCUCCUGGGUCAAGGUUCAAACUAUGCGUAUCCUCUGCCUAGUAAUUCCAGAUAUUGAUAUGCGCAACCCAGAAAUUGCAGUCCACGGCUCUGAUCUCAUAUCCCCGCUGUUGCGCCUUUUGCAGUCCGAGUUUUGCAUGGGGGCUCUCGAGGUGUUGGAUAACAUCAUGACCAUGUCUGGAAGCCACAUGGACAAGCAGCAUCUGAGAAUGAGCAUGGCUCGCUUAACAUCCAAAGCUGUGCGGAAGGAGUACGAACGCGCUCAGAGCCUCUUUGGUAUUCCAGAAUUGUCCGGAUGGGCCAUUCCUGUUCCCGCUCGGAAGACGGAGGCUACAAGAGCCAAUAUCCACGCCGCCUUUUACAUGUGCCAAAGUGCUGAAGGCUCGUCGACCGAACCCACUCCUACGGCGGAAGUUGAGUUCCAUUCGGAAGACUUUCCCUAUGGAUACUUUGAUUCCCUGGAGCGCUCGGAAACAAUGCUGUCUGAUGAGGCCCGAGUGGAUGUUCACCCAGGCGAUCUAGUCACCAAGCUGGAUAGCCUUGAUGACUUCUUUGACGAGCCUGCGAGUCCUCACACGGAUGAUGAUGGACGCUCCUCUCUUACUAUUACCGAGUUUACUCCCGAGUCGUAUGAGACGGGAACAGAGCUCUACGACGAACAGAUAUUGCCAAUCCUGCAUGAAGCGUCCACUAAUAACACUUCGUUUCAAAACGGAUUUGUUGAUCGACCCGCAGUGGUCUUUUCUCGAGAGCAUGCUGCCAAUACGAUGACUCCGGGGGCAUUCACUGUCGGUCGUGUCCUAUCGCCCCCAACUCGCCCCGGUCUCCACGCUCGCUCCAUUACAUCGCCUUCCGCACCGUCGUCUCAUUACCCGCAUGAUUUUGCAUCUGAUGACGAGCUGGUCAUGGGCGGCUUUUCAGACGCAGACGACGAGAGAAUCGAUCUGGGAAGCAUGGACGACGCAUCGUUUUCACUGGGGAGCAACAGACAGGGCGCUCCGAACCCAAACUUUUUGCGCCUCACAAGCAGGUCUCGGGAGCGGCAGAGAGAUAAAGCGCCGCCGCAGCCUGUUCCCAAGAUGUCGAGCAAGUUAUACGUGACGAAUAUACCUGGACAAGGCGACGUUAUUUAA